ACUUGCAUUAGCUAAGUGAGAUUUUCUCAGAGAAUAAAGAUUGGAGCCUAAUUUUGUGAUCCAUUCCUAUUUUCGACAUUUUCUUAGUUAUCAAAGGGAGAAUUUAAUCAAGGAGUGCUUGUGACCUGAGUUUAUCUGGUUUCAGACAUUCUUUUAUUUCCUGUUGUUUUGUUAGUGCUUUCAUAUGAUAGUUGAUUUUAUUUUAUUUUACUACUUCUUUGGUCAGAGGAAUACAUGUGGAAGAUUACUGUUUCUUAUUAUCCAGAUUCUUGUGUAGUCAAUUGAUGAUGAUUGCAAUCAAACAGGGCAAAUGUUGGCCUGGGCUGCCUGGUUGGCCACAGGGAAUCUUUGCUUCCAAGGUUGUGCUGGACAAGGAGAAACAAGUAGCAACAGUGGAUAGAGAGGUGGACAGUGGUCCUGAAACUGUGUUUGGACUUGCCUGCUGUAAUCACAUUAAUCUGGUCCUCUCACUUUGGCAUUAAAACAAAGACCAAUUAACAAUUAGUCUUUCCAUUUCUGCUGCAGUGCCUGUACCUUAGUUUAAAAUCAUGAUAUAGCUUUAUUUCUCCUGGCCCUCGAUUAUUCAAUUAGCAAUAUUUGAUGUGUACCAAAUGAUAUUUGGGUGCAUCCAUGGCUAUGACAUUUGUGUACCAAAAGUAAUGUGAAAAACAAUGGUUACCCUUUGUAGUUAAUUCUAUGAAAUCCUUAAAAGGGCAAAAUUUUCAGAUUAGCACGGUUGAUGUUGAACAUAAUUUGUGUAUAACCAGCAUUCUCUGCAUUUAUGCCGGAAGUGUUUUCUUUUCUUUUUCCCCUGAUAUUUGUAAUCUGCAAUACUAUUAACAAUAAUGACUUCUAUCUGCAUUGUCUUAUACAGCACUGAUCUGAGACUGAACCAGCCGCGAAAUGCAACACUCCCAAACAUAAUGAAGGCAAAAUCCAAACCCAUAAAAAAAUGUGCUCUAGUGGAGCUGGAGGUGAAAUCAAAUCUGAUUCAGAGGUUGUUCAAGUUACUGAACCCUCCAAGAGAAACCAGGUGUUAUUCUUUCUUCUGUGGAUGAGCUGAUUGACAAGCUUAAAAACGAAGCCCACGUGCUCUCAAUCUCUAACCCUUUUCUGCUCAAGCGCUGCGCUUGUAGCUCGAUCAUUAAUUCCCACAUUCACACAGUGCCUUGUACUGAAAAUAGAGUUCAUGAGUUGUAGGAAAACAAUUAAACAAGCAUUCAAUUAUGCUGCUGUUGUUGGUCUCAUAAAAUAAAGUGUUUUCCUAUUU